CGCAUGUCGCCUGCAGAAAGAGCCGCUAACAUGUCUUGUUGUGCUGUCGGUUGCACGAACCGUUUUGAUAAAAACAAUAAAACGCGCAAGUUUUACCGAAUCCCAUCAACUCGCACCCCUUUCAAGGCAAACAAGAGACGUCUUUGGUUGCAAGCCAUCAGAAGAAGCGAUUGGAACGAGCAGAUGAUUAAAAAUGCAUCAAUCUGCAGCGAUCACUUUAUAUCAGGAGAGGCAUCAGAUGACAUCGACAGCCCAGACUUUGUCCCGUCCAUCUUUCCAUACUCAAUCCAGCCCGGCAAAGACGGUGUUGCAAAACUGGAGCGAUAUAAGAGAAAAAGAAGAAGGGAUGCAACCCCCAGCAGGUGUCCAGAAGAUGGACAUCAGUGUACACCCUCUUCCAUCUCUCCAACUGAGUGUGGAAUAGAGGCUGGUGCUGAUCUAUAUAAUGAAGGUAUGGUCCCAAAGACUGUCCAUGAUGACCUCCAGCUGAAGUACAGCCAACUUCAUACAGAGUGUGAUGACCUGCGUGAGGACAUCAACAAACUGAAAACAGAGAAUGAACAAAUUGAUUGAUUAAUUGAAUUGUGCCAAAAUUAAGGCCUUAAUGUUGUUAACAUCUAUGAAUUGAGGUUUAAAUGUCAUUGAAUAUUAUUUUUUUGAAAAAAAUGAUUGCCUAAGUAUUUUCACUGCAUAAGCUCAUUGAACAUUCAAAAGCUGUGGU